AUUUUGAAAAAAAAAAAAAAAAGUGAAUUAUUUUUAUUAAUUAAUAUUAUUAUAAUUAUUAUUAUUUAUGUAUUUUAGAAUAAUUCACAUAGUGAUCAGGUCACUAAAAAGUGUUUGGGCCUAAAUAGUUUGGGUUUGAUGGGCUCUAUUUAUGGGCCUUUGACAGUAAAGCUUUCUUUAUCUCGCUCAACAUAUAUAAAUACGGCUGUGAUUGAAAUAUCGAAUGUAGAACUAGCGCGAAACAGAAUAUAGGAGACCCACUCGGUCAUGGCGGGAACAACUGGCAGUGAUCCACAGAAGCAAUUUCUUACCCUAAUUCGCAGCUUUGCGGCUGAAAAAUCACAAGGAGAACGAAGAGUAGUAGGUUUAAGGAAGCGAAUCGAGGAGCUUCGAUCCGAUCUGGAAGGUACAAAUGCAGAGCUCGAAGAUGUUAAGCGCGCUAAAGAAAUCACUGAGCAAGAGAUCAAGGGCUAUGAAGUUGAAUUGGCGUUGAGCGAAACAUCAAUUCAAAGUCUAAAGUCAAGGGUUUCUCUGAUUCAAGACGAAAUUGCGACCGUUGGAUCUGAUUUAGAAGCUCUGAAGAACAACGAAGGAGCCUUACGAGAUGAGUUUAUAAGGCAGAUGUUUGAGAUGAAUGCAAUGAUAAGGAAGUUUCAAGAGACAGUUGCUAGCAAUUUUCAUAAAGAGUGCUCCUUUGGAACUGUUGCUGAAGAAGGCUAUAAACUUUCAGUGAAGGAGCCUAAUGAAGUCACUUUCACAUGUCAUGAGGACAUGAUAGCCCAAGUAAUUUCUCAGAUAACUAAAGAGGAAGAAGAAUACCGAUCAGAACAAGAAAUUCAAAAGCAGACACAGACGGAGUUCAUUAAUUGUGAGAAAAAGGUGUCUCUGAUUGAGGUCAUUAUGAAAACAACUCGAGCAUUGCAGGACUUGACAAGAUAUCCUAACAGAAAUGCAUAGAAAAUUUACUUGUUGAGCACACGUUGAACUUUUUUUUUAUUGACGCGACACGUUGAACAUUCUUUGGUGAUCAAGACAGAGAAAAUUCUACAUUGGAUAUAAUCAUCACUAAUUACUGGAUAAAUGACUUGAUAAGUGCAUACAAAUGAUUUUGUGCAAGCUGUUACAAAUGAUUCCUAGGAGUUUUUAUUUG